CAAUCGGUCCACUCUUCUCGUUCAGGCAACCAGGCUGGUGGUUUUUCUUUUCCCACACGCGCGAGAGUUUUUCCCCGAUUUCCCGGAGGUGAUUUUUGGAGAACGCGACGACAAUGACGACGUACUGGUGAUUGGUGAAGAAGACCAAGAAAAUGAGCGGGUAGCGUGACCGCGCGAACGAAACUUUAUUUGACUGAAAACUGUUGCGAAAUUCGAGAUCGGAAAAUGUCGCGGAAUUAUCGUUUUAGUGUUGUCGGAGACUUUUCAGGUUGAUUAUCGGUUAUGGCCGGAGUAGCAGCCGCACGGAUUUGCUUCCUGUCGCUGUUUUUUUCUUUGGGUGUAGCGGAAGCUUUCGUGGAGAGCAACAGCAUCGUUGGCGGCGGCUUCCCGUACUUCGAAUUCAACGUGCCACGGAAUGUGACAACGGCAGUAGGUCAGACGGCGUUCCUGCAUUGCAGAGUGGAACAGCUCGGAGACAAGGCGGUAUCAUGGAUCAGGAAGCGAGAUCUUCACAUAUUAACCGCCGGCAUUUUGACAUACACAUCAGAUCAGCGAUUUCAGGUGAUCAGGCCGGACAAAUCGGACAACUGGACGCUGCAAAUUAAAUUCCCGCAACAGCGGGAUUCGGGGAUUUACGAGUGUCAAGUAAACACAGAACCAAAAAUGUCGCUUCCAUUUAGAUUAAAUGUAAUCGAGCCCAGGGCUCGUAUAGUAGGACCAACGGAUCUCCAUGUCAAAGCGGGCAGCUCGGUUACCCUGACGUGCAUAAUUAAUCAAGGACCACACGCUUUGGGUAACGUCUUUUGGUACAAAGACGCUGCUAUAUUGGACCCGAUGAUGACGGACAGUGUCGCGGACAGGAGAGUUUCGAUAGAGAACCAGUGGACGGAGGGAUUGACGUCGCGUCUGCGCGUAACCAGCGUCCUACUGUCGGAUUCCGGUAAUUACUCGUGCGUGCCAACGGUCGCAGCCCCCGCAAGCGUAAACGUUCACAUUAUUAACGGCGAACAUCCUGCAGCGAUGCAACACGGCAACAAGAACACGGCCUCGUUAACGCUGUCGCUCCACUGCUACGCCGUUGUAUAUAGCAUUUCGGUACUCGUAAUUAAGAACACCAGAUGAUUCUCCCCGUUCCCGGUGUCACAUUAAUCUGAAAACGUCGUCCGAUAUCCCCGGGACGAACGGAUUCGUAUCCCCCGCACACCACGUGUCACGUGGACGAACUAACUAGUGGUCGACGGCUGUGACGUCACGCGCGAAAUAUUGAAAGCCCCGCCGGGCGUUGAUUAAUUUGGUACGGACGGGGAGGGCAAUAUUUGACGGGAUUGCGACACAAAGAAAGUCCUCUGGAAAUUUUUAAGGCGAUUUUUUCUUAUUGUCGCCGACGUUUUGUCCCGAAGCUUAUUUUGUGCUCCCCUCCUCCUCUAUGAGCGAGAUAAAAUUUCAAACGUACCAAUUUUUUAAUUUGGGACCGAACCUUUUUGAACUUGCUUUUUUAACCUUCGAUUUGGUAGCCCGUCACGUCUGCAAGCGGGAAGAGGCGAAAGUAAUGGUCUUUUAACUCGGGGUUCGGCGUUUCCAUUAAGGUUUUUUUGCAUUUUCGCGUUUUGAAUGCGCGAUUCUUCUUCUUUUAUUAAACAAAACCCACUACCAAAUAAUUUACUUACUAUUUUUUAAUAAAUUGGAAAAAUCCAGUGUUUUUGUUUAAUGUCGAAGCUUUGUUGUUUAAGCUAUUCAGUUUCAUUAAGGAGUUGUUAGAGUAAAAUAAACUAUUUUAAGAUCUGUGUCGGUUUUAAUCCAGUUGCAAUACUUAGGACCAACUUAAAUUCUUAAAUAAAUUUCAAAACAAGUUCCAAAUUUUUCCAGGUUAUGUGCCAUUUGCCUUAUUUUGCCCUCUAAUUUAUUUCACCUACUGAUCAGUGCAAAAAAUUAACACGCGAAUGUUCUCGAUGCGAGCCUAUACAUUUAUUAAUGGUCGACCACGUAAUUCGUUCGUAGCACUGUGUGCGUGUUUAAAGUCCAGUCAAUAUAUGAAAUAAUGUCAUUCACCUUUUUGUACUUUAUUAGGUUUAGAGAAAGCUGUCGAGCUAUUAUCGUUUUUGUGUCUGUAGCAAAAUCUCCACGACUUCAAUAUAUUGACUGAACUGCUCAGCUCCAGGGGAAGUAAAACGCGGUUUCACAGCAAUGCCAAAAAUUUCGGUUAGUCUAGGAACGUGGCCUGACGUAAAUCUGCACAGCCGACCACGUUUGCUACCCCGGCGACAACCACGGGAAAUCCUCUCACUGUAAAUGCAUGAAAAAUGCUCGAAAAUGUUUAAUGAAAUGUUAGAUAAACAAUUUGUAAAUAGCUAUAAGUAUCUACCAAUUUAUGAAAUUUCGUUGUCAACAACCUGUAAAUAUUGUAUUACCCUUUGUUAUUCAUCAUCUUGUCGUUUUACCGAAUAAAAUGACCCUCA